AUGGCGGCAUAUGGAACGCUCGCAAUUGUGGUCGCUUUCACGCUCUCCAGCCUCUCCACCGUUGUGGUAGCUCUGAGAUUCUAUGCUCGCUACUAUCUCGUUGGAAAACUCGGCCCUGCCGACUGGGUUAUGCUUGCUGCGCUGAUCGCGACUUGGGGAACGCCUGUCCUGAACUACUACCAGGUACAGUACACGGACUACAGUACCACCAUCGACUCGAAAGGCAAUCUAAUUGUGGAUGAAUUCAAGCGCAUCGCAAGCGGCGGCCUCCUCACCAUGUGGAUUUUCCGCCUCAACUAUAUCAUCAACCACCUGCUGAUCAAGACCUCCAUCCUGCUCUUCUACAGCUACGUCGUAUCUGCGUCCCGGGCGUACUACUGGACCGUUCGCAUCAUGCUUGGCUUCAACAUCAUGUCUUGCCUCGCUAUGGCCCUCGUUAGCGUCUUCAUUUGCAAUCCUCCGCAGCUCUCGUGGGACGGCGACGUCUUCUACAAAGAGUUCUUCGGCAUCUUUCCCACGCAAUGUAUCAACCCAUCGCCUCUGUGGCUGACCCAGGCUUCGUACAACCUUGCUACUGACGCAAUCCUCUGGCUGCUCCCAGUUCCAUUCUUCCUGAAUUUGCGCGCCAUGCCCGUUCGAAAACGCGUAGAACUUGUCGCCAUCUUCAGCAUCGGUAUCGUCGCCAUAUCCGCCUCGGCAGUCCGCCUGUCAGUCACCAUCCGCUGGCUAUCCGGGUUCGACGAGCUAGGGUUGCUGUUUACAAGUAUCCUCGUUUGGUCUCAGGUCGAACAGCACUCGGGUAUCAUUGCAGCUUCACUGCCGUUCCUGCGCCCGAUAUUUCGGAAACUAGUCAAGAAGAUGAUUCCCAGAAGCCCGAGCCCAGAGUUCAAGCUUGUUCCGAACAUCAGUCCUCAAGGCCCGCCGAUGCCACCCCGCCCUCCGAUUAUUCCGAGUCCUGUAGCUACCUUUGGUAGCGAUGAAUCUUUUCGACCGCCUCCGACACCGUUGUCGCCUAUUAAGCCGGAGAUGGAGAUGUUUCAUACGGUGUGA